AUGCUCAUUCUCAGAUCCUUCCUCAUAUCACUCGGCAUUGCUGGAGUAUAUGGGCAAACUGCGACUACCUCAGCCCAGACAUCAUCCGUCACUGGGUGUCAUACUCAUGGCUCGGAUAUCUAUUGCAUUGACGGAAAUGGCCAUGAAGUCUUGGUCUCGGCAACAUCAACCCCUACAAGUGGAGUACCAGCACAGUACACCGGGUGUCAUUCUCACGGAAGUGAAUCCCGUAGAUACUGUAUGGAUGCAGAUGGAAACGAUGUUUUAAUCCAAGAGGAAGAAACUACCACAGAGAGUGAGACUGAGAGCAGCCACGAUCAUAGUGAACAUGUUCAUGGGGAAUCAUCCGCCGAAACCGAAACGAACUGCCAUUUCCAUGCAGGUGUUGAACAUUGCGUCAGCGAGGGUGAAUCAGAGGAAGAUAGCCAUGCCUCGUGCGGUAUCCAGACACGAGACUAUGAUGUGCCUUUGCGAAUUGGCACACUUUUCGUCGUUCUCGUCACUAGUGCAAUUGGUGUCUUUGCUCCAAUUCUAUUGUUGAAGCUCCCCUUUGCCUCUAUCAAUGGCGUGGUAUCGACCGUCAUCAAGCAAUUUGGAACUGGUAUUAUCAUUGCAACAGCUUUCGUCCAUCUGUAUACACAUGCCAAUCUUAUGUUCACCAACGAAUGUCUUGGAGAGCUCGAGUACGAAGCCACUACUUCCGCUGUGGUCAUGGCCGGUAUAUUCCUUGCAUUCUUGUUGGAAUUUAUUGGACACAGAGUUGUCGUCGCUCGUAACAGUAAGAGAAAUGUUUCCGAAGCAUCAGCAUCUCCUUCCGAGUCCCAGCAAACAACCCAAAAGGGCCAGUUUGAUCAUCCCCAAAGCCAGCAGCAGCCCACCCUGGCCUGUCUCGGCCACAGCCAUGGCCCUCAUGACCCAACUACGCCCAACAACAAAUUUUCAGUCCUCGUCAUGGAAGCCGGUGUUCUUUUCCACAGUAUUUUGAUCGGCCUCACUCUUGUCGUGGCUGGAGACUCCUUUUACAAGACACUCUUGGUGGUCAUUGUCUUCCAUCAAUUCUUUGAGGGAUUGGCUCUCGGUGCUCGCAUUGCUACCCUUCCGGGGGCCAUUUUCCCUUCUAAGGCAAUUAUGGCGACGGCGUACUCGUUGAUCACACCUAUUGGUAUGGCUAUUGGACUUGGUGUGCUGCACACCUUCAAUGGUAAUUCCAGAAACACAUUGAUUGCCCUCGGAACACUGGAUGCGCUUUCUGCUGGUAUUCUGGUGUGGGUUGGUGUUGUGGACAUGUGGGCCCGCGACUGGGUGAUUGAAGGAGGUGAAAUGUUGAAUGCACACAUUGGGAAAGUGUUGACUGGUGGCCUGUCCUUGGUAACUGGAUUCGUAUUGAUGGGUCUACUUGGGAAAUGGGCUUGA